AUGCCCGACUCCCUCGCCUCCCUCCUCGUCCUGGCCUCUGCCCUCGCCGGCGUUGAUGCCGCCGGCGCCGAGCCCAGCAGCAAUGGCACCGUCGCCCCCCAGGCCGGCGUGCUCGAGGGCGCAAACCCCAUCAAAUACAGCGCCUCAAAUCCAAUCACCCUCUUCAUCAUCCAGGCCAUGAUCAUCAUCAUCUUCUGCCGCCUCCUGCACUACCCGCUGUCCUACUUUGGCCAGCCCCGCGUCAUCGCCGAGGUCAUCGGCGGCAUCCUGCUCGGGCCCUCCGUCAUGAUGCGCAUCCCCGGCUUCCAGGCAAACAUCUUCCCCACAGAGUCCAUGCCCGUCCUCAACAACGUCGCAAACCUCGGCCUGAUCAUCUUCCUCUUCCUCGUCGCCCUCGAGGUCGACGUCCGCCUCUUCACAAACAACUGGCGCGUCGCCCUGUCCGUCGGCCUCGCCGGCAUGAUCGUGCCCUUCGGCCUGGGCUGCGCCAUCGCCUGGGGCCUCUACCAUCAGUUCCGCCUCGACUCCGACUCCGACACCGUCCCCAUCAACUUUGGCGUCUACGCCCUCUUCAUCGGCACCGCCCUGGCCAUCACCGCCUUCCCCGUCCUCUGCCGCAUCCUGACCGAGCUCAAGCUGCUGCGCUCCUCCGUCGGCGUCACCGUCCUCGCCGCCGGCAUCGGCAACGAUGUCACCGGCUGGAUCCUGCUGGCCCUGUGCGUCGCCCUUGUCAACAACGCAAACGGCCUGGCCGCCCUCUAUGCCCUCCUCUGCACCAUCGGCUGGGCCCUCUUCCUGUGCUUCGCCGUCCGCCCGGGCUUCAUGUGGUGUCUCAGGAGGACCGGCAGUCUCCAGAACGGCCCGACCCAGGGCAUGGUCUCCCUGACCCUCCUGAUCGUUCUCUUCUCCUCGUGGUUCACCGGCUUCGCCAUCAAGCUCACCGAAAAGAUCGAGGAUCUCAUCUCCGUGCUCUUCCUGCCCCUGUACUUUGCCCUGUCCGGCCUGAGCACCGACCUUGGCCUGCUUGACGAUGGCAUGACAUGGGCAUACGUCUUCGGUGUCAUCGCCAUUGCCUUCUCGGGCAAGAUCAUCGGGGGCACGCUGGCGGCCAAGCUGAGCAAGCUCGAAUGGCGCGAGAGCUUCACAAUCGGUGUCCUCAUGAGCUGCAAGGGCCUCGUCGAGCUCAUCGUGCUCAACAUCGGGCUGCAAGCCAGGAUCCUUUCUCGCCGCACUUUCACCAUCUUCGUCGUCAUGGCUGUGGUGACCACCGUGGCCACCACGCCUCUUGUCAAGUGGCUCUACCCACCAUGGUACCAAGACAGGAUGGAGAAAUGGCGACGGGGGGAGACCGACAAGGACGGCAACCCCAUCUCCUCUGCCACCAGCGGGGACGAGCCUGCGGACCACGACCACCACCAGCAGCAGCAGCAGCUCAGCUCCGCCCAGAUCCGCCGCCUGCUCGUCUACCUGCGGCUGGACAGUCUUCCCAGUUUGUUCACCUUCAUCGCCCUCCUGGGAGGCGACAAGGCGGCGAACAAGCCUGUCGCGGCAGACGAGGAGCCCGCGGGCAAGGGUGAGGUCCAGGUCACGUCUCAGCCCGCCGCAAGACGGCCGUUGGAGGUCCAUGGCUUGCGGAUCCUGGAGCUCACGGAGCGUACCUCGUCUGUGAUGCAGGUCACCGAGGGCGAGGAGUACUUCUCAGAGAUCGACCCGGUCGUCAACGCGUUCCGCACGUUCUCGAGGCUCAACGACGUGGCCGUGUCUGGAAAGGUUGCCAUCGUGCCCGAGGCAUCCUACUCAGAGACCCUGACCAAGCAGGCCUCGGAUAUCUCGUCGGACUUUGUGCUCGUGCCAUGGAGCGAGUACGGCAGCAUCACCGAGGACACGUCCGUGCCCUUUGUCACAUCCGCCCAGGAUCGCUACAACGGCCGCGGGCAUCUGGACUUCAUCAACAAGACCCUCGAGAAGUCCGUGUGCAACACCGGCAUCUUCAUCAACCAAAACUUUGGCGGCCUGGGGCCCGCCGAGCGGCCCAACCUCAAGCGGUCAAAGAGCGCCAUGUCCGUCCACAGCCAGCGCGAUGCUGCAACCCUGCCCGUCAAGGACAAGAGCCACCAGGUCUUCUUCCCCUUCCUCGGCGGGGUGGACGACCGUGUCGCCCUGCGCCUCGCGCUGCAGCUCGCAAAGAGCCCGCACGUGACCCUGACCAUCGCCCAUUUCAGCUGGGCAGCCUACGACUCGGGCGACGAGGCUGCGCCGUCCAAGACCGCCGGCGAUGCCAAGGAUGCCGUCAAGGUCGUCGAGGAGACGUCGGGCAAAGACCUCGCCCUGUUGUCCUCACUGCGGUCCAUGCUGCCAAAGGAACUCGCCGGCCGUGUCACCCUCGCCGAGAUCAACGUCACCAAGGGGACCGCGUUGGCCGAGGCCGUCUCCAUGGCCAGGUCUACCGUCGGCAACCUACCCAAGAACGCCGGCGAUAUCGUCGUUGUUGGUCGCUCGCACCCUGAACUAGGUGAUGCACAGGUCGAGUUCGGCUCACUCGACCUGAGGAAGACUGUCGGGAGCGUUGCCGAGCAGCUGGUCAACGGCGGCGUCAAGGCCAGCGUGCUUGUCGUCAGGGCCGGCGGCGCAGGACUUCAGUGGUAG